ACGGCAGCACAGUUUGGGGAGUUUAUUUUUUUCAGUCUACGACACGCAGUUAAACCAGAGAAUGUUAAACAACGGGGAAGUGAAUUUACUACGACCGAAAAGUUUGGUAAUUUGAUCACCUCUUAGAAAGUGUAUAAAUAUACCAAUACUAACGUAGAGUCCGUACAUUAGUGGAGAGUGUGGAAUGUAAGGGUGUCAAGGAGUUGCCAUACUCGGAGAGAAGAAACAUUUUGGAGACGUGUUGCAACCCUGUGUUAUGGAUAGCUCUCCACAAAAUCGGCUUUGAAAGAAAACAAAAACAAUUUGAAAUAUCGCAUCAAAACAAGCAGUCAAGUGAAUCGGUUGUGGAUGUUAGAGUUUGAUCUCCUUUGGGCUACAUCGUUCUAACUGUAUAUACUAAUAAAUUUAAAAGAAGUUGUAGUGCUAAAGGAAUUAAAAUACUAUUGUUCAAAUCUGAACUUAAAAAGAAAAAAGUAGUUAAAUUACCACUCGUUUCUGAACAAAAUUGAAUUCGUCGUGACAAAUGAACUCGCUGAUAUUUUGACGAGCAGUUAAUCGGAAAAUUACGGUUUUUGUUUUGUUGCCUGAAAAAUUUUUAACAACAAUUUUACGCGAAUUCAAUAAGCACUUGUAAAGCGACUGGAAGAAGUUAAGCUCAAAAGCAGACAAAGAAAAUUAAAGACUUCUGAACAAGUGAUGGAAGUAGCUUUAAAUACGGUCGUGGCGUCCUCGACGCAUACGUUUAAAUUGUUGGACGGCAGAUAUGGAACAUUGUUGGAAAGCAAUAAGAACAACAACAACAAAAUUAAUACAGAAAAUAACGGCGUCAUUGGCGUUAGUCAAAGCAUUUUAAAUAUUUUUGGAGCACCUGAGAAAUUUAUUAAUGACAGAGAGGCACAAACGUUUAAAAACGAACUGAAUAUAAAAAACAACAAUGACAAAGAUAUCGAUGUUCAGGAUUUGCUUGCAAACCAAAAAAGUCAACUUCAAUUACUCCAGUGCAAUAAUACUAAGCUGAUGUUGGAAGGUCAACAGGCUACAACUUCUUUAAAAACUACGACUGACUUAUUGGCCGCUUUAAAAAUAACAAAUACCAAAAUAAAUGAAAAUAGACAGAACAGUUCAAAUGCAUCGAACCUUACGACAUCAUCACUAUCAACGCCGUUACCAACAUCUUUAAUUGUAGAAAAAACAACAACGAAUUCCAAUAUCUCAAUAUUGAAAGCAGUCUCAAGUGGAACUCCAGGAAGAAGCAACAACUCUGUGGUUAGUAUUGUCACCAAGAAUGGUUUACAAAUUCCGUCCGACAUACUUGAUGAUUUGGCAAGUCGUUUUAUUAUUAAUGUUCCUGAUAUGGAAUUGAACAAUCUUAUUCGCAUUUGCUUUCAAAUUGAGUUAGCGCAUUGGUUUUACUUGGAUUUCUUUUGCGCUGCGACCGGAGAUAACCCACAAAGCGAAGAAUUAAGAAAUAGGAAAUUACCAACAUGUGGAAUGAAGCAGUUCGCGAUACAGAUAUUUAAGCAUAUUCCAUUUCUACGUGAACAAUUACCGUCUAUCGAUAAAAUAUUGGAUGAUUGGAAAAAUUAUAAGCUCUCAGUUCCCACAUAUGGGGCUAUCUUAAUAUCUGAGGAUCUCAAUUAUUGUCUUUUAGUGCAAUCAUAUUUUGCAAAAAGUUCAUGGGGUUUUCCGAAAGGUAAAGUCAAUGAGAACGAAGAUCCGGUGCAUUGUGCCACAAGAGAAGUAUAUGAAGAGACUGGUUACGAUAUAACGAAAUUAAUAGUACCAAGUGACUACAUUGAGGCUGUUUUCAAUUAUCAAUAUACACGCUUGUAUAUCGUGCGCAACGUAUCACUUGAUACAGAAUUCUCACCGCGAACACGCAAUGAGAUAAAAUGCUGUGAUUGGUUUCCGAUCGACUCGCUCCCGGUCAAUAAAAAUGAUGCCAUAUCAAAAGCCAAAUUGGGUAUAAACGCCAAUUCAUUUUUUAUGAUAAUGCCAUUUGUUAAACGGCUUAAAAAGUGGGUAAAUGAUAAGCGCUCGGGAAUAGAGACUAGACGUAAAUUUUCCGGUGGUGGCAGAAGUAUCUCGCCCGAAACAAUGAAUGCACCUACAUCACUGUGUACAACAGUGACGGCAGCCACCCCUUCUACUCUAGGUGGUAGCAAUCAAAAUAGUAUAAACCAAAAGCAAACAAAUGUGAAUAAUAGUAGUAAGAAAAAUAAACAACAUACAAAUAAUGAUGAUAAGCAUAAAGCUUCAAACAUUAAUGCAGGAACUAAUUGUAUUAAUGGCAAUAAUAAUGGAAUAUCGGCCACACCAACAAGUACCAAUAAAAACUAUAGUAAUCGUUCAAAAAGACAACGCCAUAAAUCUAUGGGGGAUUUGGAUUGUAAUUCAAAUAACAAUUUUAAAAAUUCUGUUCACGUAACGGCUGUUUCGGAUGGUGUUGAAUCGCCAACCGAAUCAACAGUAAAAGACUCUGGCAGCUGCAGAACAGUCUCUAACUAUAAACGCAAUGGCAGCUCAGCAAAAUAUCUUGCUGCCGGCAGCAACAAUAAUGGACCGUAUAACAACCACAUAAACGGUGCAGGCUGCACUUCAUCAAAACGCCAAUUGUUUCAUAGUCAAAGUCAAAAUGGUUGCAAUCAAAGUGGAGAAAAGAAGCUGCCCUUAGUUCGGAGUCGUCGAUAUCGGACCACUAUAGCCAUAUAAACUGAUCGAUCUUAAUCGAUCGAAAUGCGCACCAUGAUCUUUGGCACUCCUGCCUGUCCAAUGAUUGUAGGGGAUGGAGCUGGCGUAAAAGAUUGAUGAUUCGACAUUCUGCGCAAUGAAUGACGAAGCCCCCCCCAGAACUAUAGGCACCUGCAAUAGCUCGCCAGAUAUUACCAUCGCUAGCGGUGGUCUGAUAAAUAGCAUAACCUGGCCUAUGUUAACUCUCGCAUUGGACCAUCUGCCCCUAAUUAUCUCGAUCGAGAAACCUCCCGACUUUAUUUCUACCUAUUUUACGGACGU